AUGGCAGAAUCAGAAUCCGACGUUUCUGACCCACUUUACAACAGAGCCCAUGAAGAUUAUCUCUUUUACGGUCGAGAAUUAAUCCCCCAUUUCCCAUACCGGGCCUAUCAUCUAAACAUCCUAAGAUAUCCUUUACCAAAUGGAAGAUUCGAACAGGACAAUCAUCUACCUGCAUUACUCAGAAAGAUGUUUCCAGAGAUUGUUACAACAGUCUUUUCACAUAUCAUUGAGGAACCGUCGAUUGAUCCAGCCGUAGAAACCGAUAUCGAAGGAAGUAGCUUUAUUCCAGAUCCAGUUUCAUUAUCCAGGCGAGUCCAUGGCCAUCCAGUUAGCGAUGAUGAAGGAGGAGGUGGACCGAUAACGUCAUAUCCAAUACCAAUCACUGCUCUUUUGUUCCGAGAGGAAACACAAGCGAUCUAUGCACCCAAUACAGGAGUAGAUUCACAAGCCUGGAAAAUUCAGAAUACGAAAGACUGGAGAGAUCAUAGAAGCACACAACGAAUUCUGGAGAGGAGUGUUUGUAGCAAUCCAUCAGAGGGUACUUAUAGCCAAUUGGUCCAGUUCGCCUACUCUUUGGCGCUCCACGAGAAGUUCCAAAUCGGUUACGAUAGCUGCAUGUGGUGGUCUCCUCUUUUCUUCUCGGUCUAUAACCUCCUACAAUACCAUAGAUUAGAGCACCUUACUCUUCGAUUUUCUACCAAGACGAUCAACCUCAAAGAUGGAGAUAUGCACAUGAAUAUGCGUCAAUUCAUUGUGAGUUUGUCAGAAAAGCGCUGCGGCGCAAAAGGCUGCAAAGGAAAUAUCUGCGGGAAAAAAUACUGUGGAGACCACUCAUGGUUUCCCAAUCUUCGGAAUAUCACGUAUCUCAAUAGAAAUCACCACACGGAAGGUACUGCAGAAGCUCGCUGUGAUCCAAUGAGAACUGGCUGGUCAAGACGCUUGAUCAAACAUUUUCAAGACGUUAAACUUUCGAAGUCUAUUGAGGUGAUCUUUGAUGUCUAUGGCGAUGCUGAUGAAGAGAGCCGUGAUAGUGAUGGAGAGUCCGGUAGCGAUUGGAAUGAGGAUCUCUAUAAGGAUUAUGAUCCUGAAGAUUAUCAUUAUAAGAGUAAUGAUACGGAUACGCCCGUUCUUUUGCAUAAUCGUCAGUUGGCAGUACAGGAUUGUAUUCGUCGUCUCCUGAUGCCAAAUUCUUUGCUAAAGGGAAACACGAAUGACCUACCUGAAGAUUUGGGGCUCCAGGAAUUGUUUCAAGAUACUGAUAUUUGA